UUCUUCACUCUCCCUCUCUCUACAGACACCUCUAUAUUCCCCUCCAUUGAAUAUCUCUCUUCUCUUAUAACCAGACAUAAACAGACAGUUCCAACAAACAACAAAAUGUCCCGCCACCACCCCGACCUCGUCAUGUGCCGCAAGCAACCAGGCAUCUCCAUCGGCCGUCUCUGCGACAAAUGCGAUGGCAAAUGCCCUGUCUGUGAUUCCUACGUGCGCCCAACCACCCUCGUCCGCAUCUGUGACGAAUGCUCUUUCGGAAACUACCAAAAUAAGUGCAUUGUCUGCGGUGGCGAGGGAAUCAGCGAUGCCUUCUAUUGCUUCGAGUGUACGCGUCUGGAGAAGGAUCGGGAUGGGUGUCCAAAGAUUAUAAACCUGGGAAGUUCGAGGACAGAUUUGUUUUAUCAGAAAAAGAGUUUUCGGAAUCAGUGACCUUGGCCCUUGUCUUGGUUCCGUUUUGUUGGGUCUUGCGGUGUCGAGCGGUGUCGAGAGAUGUGUCAAAUCGAAUCGAUCGAGCGAGUCGAGUCGAGUCUAGUAUUUGCAGCGCGUCGCUGUGGGGAGGAUUUGUCACAAAUUUACGGUUUCUUUUCUGCGUUAUACCCCAUAGCUAGUGCAGUGCGGUUCGGAGUUAUGUAUAGGUGACUACAGAAUCUACGGGCGUCUUCCACAACGAUACGAGAUAUGCAAUUCACGGUCCACUCCCAUGUUAUCUAUGAGACAAGUCGAUUCGCCUUUACCUUCCGGGUCUCUUAGGUCUGGCGAACCCGCGCUUGGGUCCUUCGUCCUGUGGCGGGAAAACUUCCUCACGCA